AUACAAGCUGUAGCAACGGCAACGCGUUUGGGCAAAUUCUUGAGAUGUCUUGAGUUCACUAUUUGUGUCACAUUGUUUUCGUAAAUUAUCAUAUGGUCACUUAGUUUAAAGGUGUACCGAUGGGAAGAAAAAGAUGAAUGGAUACUUACCACCUAAUCCACUGACAAAAAAUAAAGGUGGAGCCUGGAAAAGAAAAACUAACACUGAUGUCUUCGCUUCACUUUCAUCACAGCUGCUUGAAGAUAGGAAUUCGAAGCCAGCAGAACCUAGUAUACAUCGACGAUAUUCGUUAUCUGAUAUUUCUCCUAGUUCAGAUUCACUCUGUUUGACUUUAACCAAGGAAAUACUUUUGAAAUGUGGGGGUGUUGAAGAUCCUUCAUGCCUUUUUGAAGUUGACGUCACACGUUUAGGUUUGGAAGGUGUCGACGAUGACCUCAGUUCAAGUUUUUCCUCGCUAAAGAAAAUAGUUGCUGCGGACAAUACAUUGUCGCUUGAAUUAUUUAAACACUUCAACAAUCUAAUUGAGCUGGAUCUUUCGUUAAAUCAAGUUAGUUGCGUUCCUCCUUGUCCCAAGGGUUUCCAAUGUUUACAAAGUCUUAACUUAUCGUACAAUUUCCUUCAACCUGUGGAUAUUGAACAUCUUGGCUACUUGCCAUCUCUACGAAUUCUUUAUCUCUGUGGAAAUGAUCUUCUUCGUCUACCGUUAGACCUUGCAGAAUCUGGUUCAGCUAGUGAUGGAAAUAUUGUGUUUAAAUUUGCGAAAUUAGAAGUUUUACAUCUUGAUGAUAAUAAACUGUCAGAUGUACAAGAUUUUGUAAGUUUAGCUACUCUUCCAAAAUUACAAUAUUUAAACUUGGCAAACAAUAAAUUUCGUACUGUACCAUUAAUAAAAUCAAUUUCAAUGAGAAAACAUACAAUUAUUGAUUCUAUUGGCCAAGAAUUUCCGUAUACUCCGAAUCCAAACCCUCAAAUGAAUAACUUACUAAUCAGUGAUAAUCAAGGAAAUCAAAACAAUGAGAUUUUGGAUGUAAGGGGGAAAAAUAUAAAGACUAUGUGUUCGGUGAAAUCUGAUCCCAUUAAUUCCCCUAAGGAUACUUUAAAAAUUGAACAAGAUUCAACUAACUUGAAGCAUAAGAUUAUGUCCAAUGAGAAACCUGAAUGUCUAAAUCAACAUCAUCUUCCAAGAAAAAUAGAAUCAAAGGGGAAACAACACUCAGAUAAUUUUAUAUUUCUUGAUGAAUAUCGUAAUCCAUCAGCUCCAAGAGUAUGUAUAGUGGAUGAAUGUAUUGGAUUAAAUAAUUUAAACAAAUUACUUCCAUUUACUCAACAGAGAAGAAUAAAAUUUAAACAAAUGACUAGAAAAAGGAGUACACAUAUGAAAAGUGAUUUACAUGUUAACUUUCCUAUGAAGAAAUCAAACUUAAGAAAUAAUGAAAAAGUUAGUAGUCUUAAUCAAUAUGCUAGAAUAGAAAGAGAAUACACUUUAUCAAGUGAUCAACUGAGAUCUAAUAUAACAUUGAAUAAUGUACCACCACCAUUUCCAUCUCUUCAAUGUAUAGAUUUAUCUCAUAACAAGAUAUCUUUUGAAGAACAUCUACUCCCAGUUGCUGUAUGGCCAAAGUUAAAAGAAGUUAUAGUUUAUAACAAUCCUGUUGUUAAUAAAUCUUCACAGAUUCCUCCACUUCUUGAACGUUUAUUAGUUAAACAAUUAAAUAUCAAGGUAUAUCGUAGUUCAGCUAAUAACUCAAAUCUAUUCAAGGUGAAAAAUGAUAUUUCAACUGGAAAUAAUGAAUCGUUAAAGAAUUAUUCAGUAAAAUUACCGCUAACAUUAUAUCAUGAAAAUGCUAGAGAUUAUCAAAUCACUCCUGUUAGUAGCAUAGAAGUAUUCAAUCCAAGAUUACAAGAGAGAAAUAGAAGUACUUUACUAAGAAGUAAACAGAGAUUACCAUUCUAUUCAAAUGUUAAACCAAUAAUUGUUAGGCAUAAAUUAGAUGAAUCAAGUUUAAAUGAAGGCCCAAAAAUGAUUAAAUGUAAUGUGGAUCAAAUAUUGAAUGAAUUGACGACAAUAGUAGAUCAUAAAACGUCUAUUAGUCGAUCAGAAUCAUCAACGAAUAAAUCAUUACAAACAAUCAAUGUAUCAUCUUCAUAUUAUUUACCUACAAAUAAUAAAUUAUUACCUAAUAUUCCAUAUAAAAUUUCUCAAUUACAUCCAAUUCAAAACUGUAAAACAUUUAUAAAAAUGAAAUCUCAAUGUGAAGAUAAUUUUGAUAAAGUUUUAUCUGAUUUACAGUGUAAAGAUGAAGGAGAUGAAAAACAAAUUGAAAAUGAUGUUUUCUUUACAACUCAGUUAUCAUCAUUAGAUCCAGAUACAAAACAAACUUCUAAAUCUGAUCCAUUUGAUCAAUUGAAUUACCCUAGUUCAAGUCAAAUGAAUCAACAAAAUAGUUAUGAAUAUGGAUCAUCGGAAAAAAUGUUAAAAUUGAUAAGAACAACUGAUGAAUAUGAUGAAGAACAAGAUGAUAAAGCAUUAAUUGAGUAUUCACCAACUCAUGGACCUCUUUUACCUGAUUUAGAAUGGAUUGUUGACGAAGACAACUUACCAGACAGUAUGCAAGCAUGCUUAAGAGAGUUACGAUAUCUUCUACAACAUAAGCCUACUAUUCAUUCAACUUCACAAGAAAAUAUCAUUCAGUCACCGUUACUAAUGCUAACUGAAGACAGAAAACCUAUUCAGUAUUCAACAGAAGAACCAUCAUCAUUAGCAGUAACAGUAGGGAAUGAAAUAACCAAAUCAAUAGAUAGAAAUUCUCUGGAAAAUUUAAGUGAGCAAAUACUUCCUAUUUCUCCAGUACCUUCAGUAAAACUAUCCUCAAAAUCAAUGGAAUUGGUUCCAGUUAAUAAAACUUCUAAAAUUCUUCCACUUAAAACUAAUUUACAGCAGUUAUCAAAGAAGUAUACCAAUUUUAUUGAAAUACCUCUAACUAAAGCAUUGAAUGAUGAAGAAAGAGAAAAACGGAAAUUGGAUAACAUUAGAGCAAAACAAAAUCCUGUGGUUAAGUCGAGAAAAUGGAAUUAUUUGAAAUUUAACAAUAAUCAGUCAAAACAGACAGUACCGAAAGGUGCCAAAGAAUUAUUUGAACAGUUUCAAGAAAUUUAUUCCAAUGUACGUGUAGAAGCUAUUCAAAGAGCUAUGAAUACAGUUAAAAUGGAUUUCGAUAAGAAAACACAACAGCUUUGUUAGUUUAUUGAACCUAAGUUAUUUAGUGGAUUAUUUGUGAUAACCCCCCCCCCCACUUCAUGUUUCUCAUACUUAAUUAAAACAUACCAAUAAGUUC